CCCAAUAAAAAGCUUGGUGUGUUCGGAAAGCGAUGUAUACUCAACCUUGUUACCGGUCCUAAAGGCAAAAAUUCGCGGUCUAGAUUUUGAAAAUUUGAAAUUUUGAAAUAUUCGUGGGCUGGGUGAAAUAAACCGACUAAGUUCUCUGUUCCUAAAUAUAUUCCUUCUCGUUCACGCCUUUCGUAGAAGAGACGUCGAACGACAGAGCAGUUGAAAUCAAUUUUACUUUUUUAAAGCAAUUGACCAACCUCUAUUCCAGGUUUUUUUCUUUUUGCCACUUAUAUCAAAAAGAGGAAAGAAAGCCCUAGGAUCGAGGUUGGCAAUUGACAAAAGGCGCUGGUUUGAAGACUUAAAUUUGACUGCCUUUCUCGUUCACGUUAACUGUUGCCUCUUUUGUCCAGACAGCGAGUCGCAGGGAACAAGGUUGGUUUGUUUUUAUAUUUUAUCUGAAAUGGUAAUUUUAUUUUGGCAAAUAUGUUUAGAUGAGUACGAUAAAUAGUUAUUUGGGUUGCUUCAAGAUAACUGCUGACGAUUUUGGGUACUGUGACGAAAGAAAUAGAGGUAUAUUAGACGCAGUCAAGGAAGGGGUAGUCAAUAGCGUAUCUGUGCUGAUGAACGCUUCUGCAGUCGAGUCAAUAAACAACAAAAACAUCGCAGUUGGGUUACAUUUGAACCUCACUGAAGGAAGGCCUGUUGCACAACCUUGUGAUGUCGCGUCACUUUUAGACAAAGAAGGACAUUUCUUUGAUAAAUUGUCCAUUGCUGGUCAUAUCAAAGGAGGUCGGAUUCUUCGUGUGCAUGUAGACAUCGAAAUUGAAAGUCAAAUCAAAAAGUUUAUGACCGUGUUUGGACAUACUCCAUUUUAUAUCGAUGGACACCAACAUGUUCAUAUACUACCUGUUAUAAUUGACGGCCUAAUCAAACUAAUGAAGAAGUAUGAAAUAAAAGAAACCAGGGUACCAGAAGAAUUGAAGAUAGCUGACUGUUAUUGGAUUGCACAACCGAGACUUGGUUUCUAUCUCGAUGUUUGCUGUAACGCAAGGGAAGCGAGAAAAUGUUUCAAUCGUCAUAGUAUUAGUUUUCCGAACUACUUUAUUGGUCUAUCAACAAUGUCUCAAGAUAUGAACGAAAAAUAUCUGUCUAAAGCUCUGAACAUUAUAUCAGAAGAUAUUAGCAGAAAUCGUGCAGAACAAAAAUGUAGACUGGUUGAAAUUAUGACCCACCCAGGGUAUCCUAACCAAAAUGGCAAAGGAGGGUGUAGCGAGAAGGGACCUGAUAGUUUCUCUUGUUCGCCUGAUAGAAAAUGUGAGCUGAAUUUUUUAAAAUCGCACAUCAUAAAAGAUAUUUUGAACGACUUUAUCAUGCAAACGUUUAAGGAGAAACGAUGACAUCGUAUUGUCAGCAAAAAACCCUCGCGCGGUUAGCUUUUCGUAAAAAAAAAACAACAAAUGUAUUUGAUUAUUUAUGUAAAAGGUCGUUAAUAUUUAAGAAACUGUAAUCAAAAAAUGCA